AUGGCGCCCUCGCGCAAGAUCAACGCGAAGCCCAAGAGCAAGAGCAAGUCCGCCCAAAUCAAGACUUCCUCGUCCAGCGACGUCGGGGAAGGUACUGAAACUCGUUACAACCCACUCACCGGACGCCCAAUCCGCGACGGCGCCGGUCGCAAGUCACUUGACGUCGACUACCUCGACACGAUCGAGGCGCUUGAAGAGGACUCGGGCGACGAGGUUUCCGAAGACGAGGAAGGUCAGCUACGGACCAGAAAGAAGAGGAAGCGCACGCCUUCUCCUCCUCUUCCUCCGCUGCCUCCACUCCCACAAAACCCAGAGGAUAUUCGCUCUCGAGAGCCAACUCCAGACCUUCACAUGUCAGGCAUGACCAACUUUACGUCGCUCACCUUCAACGUUCCUCCGGGCUUCAAAGGCCCGUUCGUCGUGAACCUGGACGACGCCGCGCUCUCUAAGCUGCAGUCUCAAACUCCGCGACCGGUAAAGCGUCAACGUACCCGCCGUAAUGGCGCGCCCUCUCACCACAACGAAGACACCAUCAACGUUGCGCCACGCGAAUUCGAAGAGUCAGGCAAACCGCGUCCUGGUGAGAUAGGUUUUGUCGACCUUCCUCCCGAGAUUCGCAACAAGAUCUACCGUCUUCUGUUCGUGGACAAGGAUGCUGUCGACUUCGAAAGACCUUUCAAUUUCUGUCGCUCGAGCGCGCUCCUCAGGGCUAACAGGCAAGUUUACAACGAGGGAAGAAGCGUUCUCUACAGUGAGAACAAGUUCAUGUUCGCACGUAACCACAACAGACGCGGCAAUUACUGGGACGCCGAGCAGACCGAGAUUGGCUUCAAGGACUUCCGCGUGUUCUUGAAAAGUAUUGGGCCGACCAACAUAUCUCUGCUUAGAGACAUCGAGGUCAUCUUCACUGACGCAGCUCCGUCAGCCACUCCUCGCAUCACUAACGAGGAGCGCCGCUUUGUGCAUGAUGAGCACCUAAUCGAUUGCCUGCGCAUGCUGGGAGAGAACGGGCGACUCAAAGAAGCCAGAUUCAGCUUCGCGGGCCGCAAAAUCGUCGGCCGUACCGACUACCGCUUCAUCGAUGCCCUACGUAGCAUCGAGGUCGACAAGGUCGACAUGGAGCACAGGAAUCGCUACCAGUACGGAUACAAGAUCGAGUCAGACGUCAAGAAUGAACUGAAGAAGUGCAUGGUGCGCUCGAAGAAGCUCUACUCGCACGACUAG